AUUAAGCGCCCAUAUUUGUGGCUACAAAUGUUUCCAGAUAGAGUUAAGCAGAGGCUACGACUACGCGGCCUUCCACGAUGAUAUUAAAAAACUUUACGACAUGGCAGGUGUGAAAAAUGAACACACUGUCUUCCUGUUUACUGAUACCCAGAUCGUGGUCGAGGAAUUCCUGGAAGAUAUUAAUAACAUCCUCAAUUCCGGUGAAGUUCCGAACUUGUUUGAACCGGAUGAAUAUGAACAGCUGAUCAUUGGUUGUAGAGGUGCGGCUAAAGAACUCGGUAUCCCCGAGGGUAACAGAGAUGCCAUUUACGAUUUCUGUAUUAACCGUGUCAGGAACAACCUCCAUAUUGUAUUAUGUAUGUCACCAGUUGGUAAUGCAUUCCGCACCAGAUGCCGUAUGUUCCCGUCACUCGUAAACUGUUGUACAAUUGACUGGUUCACAGAGUGGCCCAGAGAGGCAUUGUUAGGCGUGUCUAAAUCAUUCUUUGAGAAUGUUGAACUUGGUACCGAUGAAUUAAAGCAAAGUAUUGCAGAAAUGUGUGUGGAGAUACAUACAAGUGUGACGGACAUGGCGGACAGAUUCUUCAACGAAUUAAAGAGAAAGUACUACACCACCCCUACAAGUUACCUUGAACUGAUCAAUUUAUACUUGUCCAUGUUGCAAGAAAAAACAAAACAACUGAAAAUGGCGAAGGAUCGUGUACACAAUGGUCUGAUCAAACUGUUGGAGACCAACGAACUUGUCGACAAGAUGAAGAAGGAGUUAGUUGCCCUUGAACCGGAACUUAAGAAAAAGUCGGAAGACACAAAUAAUCUUAUGGAACGUCUGGUCGUUGAUCAAGAAAAGGCUGACGCGGUACGUAAAGUUGUCAUGGAAGACGAGGCUGUUGCCAAGGUGAAGGCAGAAGAGACUCAAGCUAUCGCCGAUGACGCUCAGCGUGAUCUUGACGAGGCUAUACCCGUACUGGAGGCGGCCAUUAAAGCUUUAGACGCCUUGGACAAGAGCGAUAUUUCUGAAAUCAAAGUGUUCAGCAAACCUCCUGAAAUGGUGCAGACUGUGAUGGAGUCUGUCUGUAUUCUUCUCGGACAGAAGACGGAUUGGACAGCAGCUAAAGCUAUGUUAGGAGAUGCUAACUUCUUGAAGAAACUUUAUGAAUAUGACAAGGACAAUAUUGGUGAGAGUAUUCUUAAGAAACUGAAGAAAUACAUUGAGAAUCCAAAAUUCAUUCCAGAGGAAGUGGCCAAAGUGUCAAAGGCGUGCAGAUCUAUGUGUAUGUGGGUACGAGCUAUGGACACUUACGCCCAUGUAUACAGAACAGUGGAACCAAAACGGCAAAAGUUAGCUACAGCCCAGGCUGAGUUAGAUGCUGUGAUGACAAUGUUACGUGAGAAACAGGCGAAACUCGCAGAAGUCGAGGCAAAGAUCGCCGAGCUGCAGAAGACGUAUGAUGACAGCAUGGCUGAGAAACAAAAACUAGAGAGAAACAUCUCGACUACCGCUGCUCGAUUGAAGAGAGCGGCCAAACUGACGACUGCUCUAGGUGACGAACAAGUCAGGUGGGGUGAGACUGUCGAUAAAUUCAAUAUUGAGAUUGGCAAUGUGACAGGCGACGUGUUUGUCGGUGCAGCUUGUGUAGCGUAUUACGGCGCGUUUACCAGCGUGUAUCGUCACGAGCUCGUGGAGAACUGGAUCCAGCGAUGUAAAGAACUGGACAUCCCGGUAACGCAGGGUAUGACGAUAACAAGUGUGCUGGCAGAUAACUACGAGAUAAGACAGUGGAACACAGACGGUCUGCCGAAAGAUCAGGUCUCGACGGAAAAUGCUAUCCUUGUUACAAGAGGGCGACGAUGGCCACUUAUGAUUGAUCCACAAGAACAGGCAAACAGAUGGAUCAGAAAUAUGGAGAACAAGAACGGUUUAAAGAUUAUCAAGCUGACUGACGGUAAUUUCUUGAGAACACUGGAAAACUGUAUCCGUAUUGGUAUGCCGGUACUUUGUGAGGAUUUGGGUGAAUUCCUUGACCCAGCCCUGGAACCAGUCUUGUUGAAGCAGACAUUUAUGCAGGGUGGUAGAUUACUGAUCCGACUUGGUGAUAGCGACAUCGACUAUGAUAAGAACUUCAAGUUCUACAUGACCACAAAGAUGUCCAAUCCGCAUUAUCUACCUGAAGUCUGCAUUAAAGUAACCAUCAUUAACUUUACUGUCACUAAAUCUGGCCUGGAGGAUCAGUUACUCAGUGAAGUGGUGAGCUUGGAACGUCCUGACCUUGAAGAACAGAGGAACCAGCUCAUUACAAAGAUCAAUGCUGACAAGAACCAGCUGAAGGCUAUAGAAGACAGAAUUCUCAAGCUCCUGUUUGAAUCUGAGGGAAACAUCUUGGACAAUGAGGAGCUUAUUAACACAUUGAAUGAUUCUAAGGUAACAUCUGGCGUGAUCAAGCAGAGAUUGGCCGAGGCCGAGCAGACAGAGGAGAAGAUCAGUCUUGCACGUGAGAAGUAUCGUGUCGUAGCUACUCGAGGCUCGGUCAUGUAUUUUGUUGUAGCCGACAUGGGAGGCGUAGAUCCUAUGUACCAGUUCUCUCUGAAAUACUUCAAAGCUCUGUUUAACCAGACGAUAGAGAACAGCGAGAAAAAUCCCGACCUUGAGAAGAGGUUGGAGAUAUGUCUGCGGGAAACCACCCUCUCUAUAUACCAGAAUGUGGCAAGAGGUUUAUUUGAGAAGGACAAACUUGUGUUCUCCUUCAUGUUGUGUGUUGAGAUAAUGAGAAACGCGGAGGAAAUCUCGGUCCCUGAGUGGAACUUCUUCCUACGUGGCGCUGCAGGUCUUGAUAAGCAGCGUCCGCCUAAACCAAGUGUACCUUGGAUCAGUAGGCAAGUGUGGAACUCGGCUUGUGACCUUAGUGACUCACUCCCAGCUUUCCGUGGAAUUUACAAUGACCUAACCAAGACUCCAUGCUGGGUCCAAUUAGGAGAAAAUUUGAUAAGAGGAAACCCUGAAACAGAUGACAGUUAUGGGCCUGAGCCAGAUGCCCCAGAUGCCGCUGAAGAUCAAGAAAUAAUAGAUGAUGGCACAGUGAAAGGUCACUGGGACAAGAGACUGACAAGUUUCCAGAAACUUAUGUUCAUUAAAGUAUUCAAGGAAGAAAAAACUAUAUUCGGAACAACAGACUUUGUGAGAGAAAACUUGGGCAAUCAGUUUGUUGAGAGUCCAAAUGUUGCAUUACAAACCCUGUACAAUGACAUGACCAAGGUGGCUCCGCUUGUGUUUGUGCUGAGCACGGGCUCAGAUCCGAUGGGAGCUUUCCUUAGAUUUGCAAGAGAGACUGGUAACACUGAUAAGGUCCAGUCCAUCUCACUGGGUCAAGGCCAAGGUCCAGUGGCCGAGAAAAUGAUCAAAAGUGCUAUACAAGUUGGAGACUGGGUCUUCCUACAGAACUGUCAUUUAGCGGCAUCUUGGAUGUUGCCGAUGGAAGAAUUAGUAAAGGACAUCUCGGAGAAACCUGAUCAGAUACAUGACGAAUACAGGCUCUUCCUCAGCUCUAUGCCAUCGACCAAGUUCCCUGUCAGUGUACUACAAAACAGUGUCAAGGUCACAAAUGAACCGCCCAAAGGUCUCAAGGCAAAUACUAGGAGAGCCUUUGCUGAGAUUACUCCAAACUACUUUGAAGACCAUGUGCUUGGAAAUGACUGGAGAAGAAUCGUAUUUGGAGUCUGUUUCUUCCAUGCUAUUAUACAGGAGAGGAAGAAGUUUGGCCCACUUGGUUGGAAUAUUAAGUACGAGUUUAAUGACAGUGACCGUGAAUGCGCUCUACUCAAUCUGCAGAUAUUUUGCCAGGAAGGCAUUAUACCGUGGGACGCCCUUGUUUACAUCACUGGACAGAUUACAUAUGGUGGUCGUGUCACCGAUUACCAGGAUCAAAGAUGUUUGGGAACCAUUCUGAAAAUCUUCUUCAGUCCAAAUACACUGGCACCAGACUACAAAUAUUCUGUCUCUGGCACAUACUAUGCCCCAGAAUCCACUACACUGGAGGAAUAUAGACAAUAUAUAGAUGGUCUACCUCUCAUAGAUCAACCAGAGAUAUUUGGCAUGCACGAGAAUGCUAACAUUGCUUUCCAGACACAAGAGACACAGAACCUUGUCAACACCAUUGUUGAUGUACAACCUCGCAUGUCUAGUGGAGGAACUGGUAAAUCUAAUGACGAGAUAGUGUAUGAGCUAGCAGAGACGAUUCUUGGUAAACUAAUGGACAAACUAGAUAUAGAGUUAGCCAACAGUGAGAUGUUUGAACCUGACGAAAAAGGUCGUCUUAAUUCACUGACCACCGUGCUCACUCAGGAGGUCGAAAGAUUUAAUAAACUGCUCAAAGUUAUCAAGAACUCUCUGGAGAACCUACAGAAGGCCAUCAAGGGUUAUGUGGUAAUGAGCGAACAAUUAGACGCUGUAUACAACAGCUUCAUCAAUAGUCACGUCCCAACAAUGUGGGCUAACGCAGCGUAUCCGUCCCUGAAACCACUCGGAAGCUGGGUACAAGAUCUGGUGUACCGUUGUGCUUUUAUUGAUAAUUGGAUUCAGCACGGAAUUCCCAAGUCUUUCUGGUUGUCUGGUUUCUUUUUCCCACAAGGAUUUUUAACUGGCACCUUACAGAAUUAUGCUAGAAAGUAUAAUCUGCCCAUAGAUCAUCUAAGCUUCAAGUAUCACGUGUAUCCAGUGAUUCGUGACCAGAAAGAAGUGUAUAAACAAAUGACAGACCUCAAGUUUGGAGAAGAAAUGGAAAUGGAUAAAGAAUUGAAUGUGCCCGAAGAUGGUGUACUUGUCCAUGGUUUAUUUAUGGAUGCCAGUGCCUGGGAUAUGGAGACAAUGAAGAUAAUUGAUGCAUUACCGGGAGAGAUGAGUGCAGAGCUUCCUAUGUUGCAUAUGGAACCGGAUAUGGAUAUUGAACCUGAUUCAGCGGACUAUAUGGCACCGUUAUACAAAACAUCUGCUCGUGCUGGUACAUUAUCUACGACAGGUCACUCUACAAAUUACGUCGUAGCUGUUUAUCUACCGUCAGAUCUACCACAGGACUAUUGGAUAGCAAAGGGCGCUGCUUUACUCUGCCAACUCAAUGAAUAAACAAAAAUGGACUGAAUUUUAUCACAUUUUAAGAAUAGC